AAGCUUUGGCCGGGGACAACACGCCUACGGUUCUUAUUUGAAAAAAAUUCUCAAACAAAAAUUGUAAUCAUUAUCGUCUGAGAAUGAUUCAGCACAACACUGGUUAUAACACUGCUGACUUCUGACAACAUAAGGACCGUGGAUGUAUCGAAUCAAUUAGACCCCUGUAUCAAUCAACUCUUAACUUCUGAAUCCACGCAAAAUUAAUUAUCAUCACCGGCGCUGGUUGACGUUGUGCGUGACAUGCAACUUUCGAUACCCAAGGCAUAAAAAAAGUGGUAGUGGACCUCGAAACUUCAUUCCUGAUCUCUGCUCUCUCAGUGGUGAAUCGAUGAACGUGAAUCUCACUCGUCAUCCAAUUCUAAGGUCCCAACCUUGUCAGCAUCAUCAUCAUCAUCGUCCAACACGCAGACACCACCAAUUUAGACAGAACCGCCGCGCCGCGCCGGUAGCUGUGGACCGGAUGUUUUAUUGAGCGACGCUUGUUGUGCAUUCUUCGGUGAAUGUAUGACACAGAGACAGCCAGCAGCAGCGUUGUUGUCCAGCAGUCAGCAUUAGAAGCAGUGUGGUGUUUUCACCGCAAAAGAAGAUUGAAUUGAAUUAAAUUGAAUUGGAUAAGCGCAACGACGCAAGUGAAGAUCUCAAAAACCAAAACAACAACAACAGUGCGGGAAGUGACGGGGCGAGUGGGGAAUCGAGUGAGCUCAGUGCUAUGGCACCGGCCUUGAGUGGGGUCGCGACAGCGCUGUUUGUGGUGGCCGUUACCGGUGUGACGCUCGUCGUUCACAAGCGAUCCAGCGACGAUCGGGCAGCCGAGCGGUAUCGGACGUACGACGACUACACAAAGUUCAAUAGUUUUGUGGGUGGGGGUGCUGGAGGUGGUGCCGACAAUUUAAUUGUGGACGUUGACGAGUUCAGCAAAGGUGGUGGCGUCGGUGGCCGUGGGGGGCCAUUCUACAGUUAUCAGCACUGGUCCCGCCUAACCGUGGACUACGAUGACGGGGAAGAAUACAGCUGGCGGAGUCCGGCCUUCCAGAACGUGAGCUAUCUGCCGGCGUACAAUCGGUCGGCGAACUGGUUCCGAAUAGAGGAGCAGAAUGACGGCGAUGGCACGGAUCAUGAGAAGCGAGACAGGGUUAAGCAGAUGAUGGUUCACGCGUGGGACAACUACAAGCUGUACGCCUGGGGCAAAAACGAGCUGAAACCCAUCACCAAGCGGGGCCACUCGGGCAGCAUCUUCGGGGCGUUCGAUCUCGGUGCGACCAUCGUCGAUGGGCUGGAUACGCUCUACCUGAUGGGGCUGCACAAGGAGUUCGACGAGGGCCGCGACUGGGUCGAGCGGAAGUUCACCCUGGAGAACGUGGGCAGUGAUCUGUCGGUGUUCGAGACCAACAUCCGGUUCAUUGGGGCGUUCCUGACGUGCUACGCGUUCACCGGCGACCGGCUGUUCCUGGAGAAGGCCAAGUACGUGGCGGACAAGCUGCUGCCGGCGUUCCAGACCCCGACCGGUAUCCCGUACGCGCUAGUCAAUCCGACGAAUGGGAUCAGUAAGAACUACGGCUGGGCCAGUGGCGGCAGCAGUAUCCUGUCGGAGUUCGGCACCCUGCACCUGGAGUUCGCCUACCUGAGUGACGUCACCGGUGAUUCGGUGUACCGUGAGCGCGUCCAAGCGAUCCGCAACGUCCUGAAGGAGAUCGAGAAGCCCAAGGGUCUCUAUCCGAACUACUUGAAUCCGAAAACGGGCAAAUGGGGCCAACAGCACAUGUCACUGGGUGCUCUCGGGGACAGCUUUUACGAGUAUCUGCUCAAGGCUUGGAUCCAGUCCGGGCACGAGGACGAGGAAGCCCGGGAGAUGUACGAUGACGCAAUGCAAGCCAUCAUCCAGCACAUGAUCCGGACCAGUCCCGGCGGGUAUAUAUACGUGUCGGAUUUGAAGUUCGAACGGCUGGAGCACAAGAUGGACCACUUAGCGUGCUUUGCGGGUGGCCUAUUCGGACUCGGUGGAACCACGUUAAAUAAUCAAUACUCUGAGCGGUACAUGGAAAUCGGAGAAGGUCUAACCAACACUUGUCACGAGAGCUACGUGCGAACUUACACAAGGUUAGGCCCAGAGGCGUUCCGCUUCAACGACGGCGUUGAAGCCAAGGCGCUCAAAUCCCAAGAAAAGUAUUACAUCCUGCGGCCGGAAACUUUUGAGAGUUACUUCGUUAUGUGGAGACUGACACACGAACAGAAGUAUCGUGACUGGGCGUGGGAUGCCGUACAGGCACUAGAGAAGCACUGUCGAACACCGAACGGAUUUAGUGGAUUGAAGAACGUUUACCUGACUGAACCCCAGAAGGAUGACGUGCAGCAGAGUUUCUUCCUCGCGGAGACACUUAAAUACCUUUACCUUAUAUUCUCGGACGAUUCGCUGUUGCGGCUCGAGGAUUGGGUGUUCAACACCGAAGCCCAUCCUCUGCCGGUUAGGGGACAUAACCUGCUGUACCGUGCAGCAGCAACCUCCAACGCUCCCUGAAUUACUCUCAACUAAGUCUGGUCACCGGUACGUGGAGACGAGCUUUUACCAUCACCGCGCUGGUAAAUCGGAGGAUCUCCACACAAGUACUGAUGAAAAAUUACCACACUACAACCACUGGUGAAGUUGGCAUACGCGGGAGAAGAGUCAUCCUUAGCGAAACAAGGACCGGAGCUGUAGAUCAUGUUGAGACUUCUUCUCCGCUUUCCCGUGAUAACAUCCCCCCUUGAAUCCGAAACGACAUUCCGAAGGAGGAUGGGGCAACGUUAGCGAUAAGGGGAAUGGAAAACGAGUCGUGUUUCAUCUUCUCGUUCUUAUUAUUAUUUUGUUGCGCGUCUGUGCGUGUGUAUGUGCAUGUUCGUAUGUAUGUGUGUAAAUUUUUUAGUGAAACAAAUAUGUCUCUUCCUCGAUUGUUCGGAGGAAGGAAUUCCUUACUUGUAAUAAAACUAGCCAGUCGUCGAGUUGUGCGUGAGAAGUGGAUUGCCGAAGCGAGUCAUGUUAGACGUGUAUAUUAAUUAAUAAAUGUAGGCCACUAAACAAAACAGAGAACAUUUAAAUGAAGAAUUAUUAAGAAGGCGCGUUCGCGAGCGAGAUGGAGAGUGAUUCUUAACUUAAUUCUUGAAUGAUUGUAGUUAAUUAUAUAGGGAAAGAUAUAUAUAGGAAAAGAGCAAUUAAUUGUGAUGAAACAAAGGAAACCUAUUAAUUUAUGGAUGACGACAAUUGUUCUAACUCUAGAAUGUGUUGAUAUUAGUGAAAUAAAUAAACAAACAGAAUACUGCGAAAGAUAAUUAAGAA